AUGAAACUCCUCACAACGAACUUCCUCACCUGCGCGGUCAAGACGUGCAAGACCUCACCGCUCUCAUUUCCCCUACAUUUCAAAGACGCUACCCUCGAACGCACCGAGAUCGACUACAACCCGCUCUUCAUCCGCAAUGUCUUGCCGCGCGUCAACUGGGACGCCUUGACCACGACAGCCACGGAACUGGGAUUGCAGAGUCUAGUACCGGCGAGGAAUCCCGGAACCCGAACAGAAACAGAAACAGAAACCGAUAUCAAAGAUGAAGAGUUGAGGAAACUGCACAAUCUCUUGCUCGAGACGGGCGUGGUGGAAGGGAAACUGGUCUGUGGGAAUUGCGGGUUCGAGUAUCCCAUCAAGGAAGGGGUGGGGAAUUUCUUGUUGCCGGCGCAUUUGGUGUGA